CUCUUGUACCUUGCAAGGUUAAUUUAGAAGUAUUAAGAAUAACAGUGUUUCUUUACAAAUGGAAACAUCCUUUUCUUGCAACUUGUGUCAUUCCCCUAUAGAAUUAUAUUUAAAUGAAAUUCAGGAUUUCUUUUCUACGUUAACUCAGUUGAAAGAACAAGAUUUAGCGACUUUAGACCUUCAAUGUCCUUCCAAUUGUUCUUAUUUUGCUUGUCAAGGGACAUCUUUAUCCCAAGAAGAAUCCGACAGACCUGUUGAGGAAUUUAUUAAAUUUUUGAGAGAAAAUUCGAUGUUAGAUAACCUUCUUUGUAUAGCUUGCAGUGAUCAAAUUAUUUGCGAGCUUGAAGCGCGAAUUAAGGACACGGAGGAAGAAGUUGAAGCCUUGAAAUGUUUUAUAAAACCACUUCAGUACAGAGAGGAAGAAGAACUUGAGAAAGAUUUACAAAAGCUCUUAUCUGAAGAAGCUGAGUUACAGCAGGAACUUGAAACUAAAAAACAAGAAGUGUCUCGUCUUGAAAGUGAGCUAAAUCGAAUUAAAAAAUCUUGUGUAGAGCUACAGAGCUCUCUAGAAAAACAGAGUUACGCGGAUAUUGAAGCCCGUUACGAGCGUGAGGCAUCACAGGGAGAAAGCGCACGUCUUGACUUCACCGUCAUGUACGCAUGCGAACAAUUGAAUGUGCUAAAAAGAGUGAACGUAUAUAACGACAACUUUCACAUAUGGACAAGCGGGCCCUUCGCCACCAUUAACCGCCUGCGACUCGGACGCUUGCCAGAGGCCCAGGUCGACUGGCACGAGAUCAACGCCGCGUGGGGAUACACCCUUUGGUUCCUGAGUGCCAUGGCCGAUAAAAUGGGGUUCGCCUUUGGCGGCUACAAACUCGUGUUUCUGGGGAGUCGCUCCGAGAUCCUGCAGCUGGACAGUGGCCAGCGUUGGGGCCUAUGGGCUCCAGGCGGUUUCAAGGCACUGUGGGCAAGACGUUUUGACCAAGCAGCUCUCUUGUUUUUGCGCUGUCUGCGGCAGUUCGAGCGUUAUCUCGCGCAUAUCGACUACCAAGUAGAACUCCCAUAUGAAAUUUCGGGAGAGAUGGUGGGCGGUAAGCGCCUGCGCCUGCAGGCACCUGGAACUGAAGUUGAGUGGACGGCCGCCUGUAGACACACUUUACUAAAUCUCAAAUGGUGCCUAGCGUGGUUGAGAAAGAUAAUUCAGGAUGACGGAGAAUUGCAAGCCCUAAGAAUCUUAAACCGAUAAAGUUUGCUGGUUUGAAUCGCAAAGUGGUCACUAUUAGAGGUCUAUAAAACUCGGCUCGCUCUUAUUGGGAGCC